AUGUCUGAAUCCUCGUUGUCCGGUCAGAAACGACCAAGAUGCGGCGAGAACACAGUACCAGCUACCGCCAUGGCGCCGCCAAUGACGACCACCAAUCAGGGGUGUCCCAUCCCCUUCUCGGACGCCAGCGACUCACUCAAAGGGGAACAUAGCCGUGGUCCUGUGUUACUCCAGGACCAGAUUCUGCGCGAGAAGCUCACGCACUUUGACCACGAACGCAUACCCGAACGCGUUGUGCACGCCCGAGGAGCCGGAGCACACGGAUACUUCGAGUCAUACGCCGACCAUUCAGACCUCACUUCCGCACAAUUCCUCUCUCAGCCUCGACUUAGAACACCCGUGUUCGUUCGCUUCUCCACCGUUCAAGGCUCAAGGGGCUCCAGCGACACCGUUCGAGACAUUAGAGGCUUCGCCACCAAGUUUUACACCACUCAGGGCAACUGGGACCUGGUAGGGAACAAUGCUCCCGUCUUCUUCAUCCAGGACGCCAUCAAGUUCCCCGAUUUCGUCCACGCUCUCAAAGGAAACCCGCAAAACGAUAUACCUACCGGAUCCUCCGCACAUGACUCGUUCUGGGACUUUGUGUCCCUUUCGCCAGAAUCGACCCACGCAGUCUUUUGGGCAAUGUCUGACCGAGGUAUUCCCAAGUCUUUUGCGCACAUGCAGGGCUUCGGUGUUCACACCUUUAGGUUUAUCAACCAAGCAGGAGUAUCCGUGUUCGUCAAAUUCCAUUGGACACCCGUACAGACUGGCGUCUGCUCCCUGCUGUGGGAUGAAGCACUCAAGGUCGCAGGUGCUGACCCUGACUUCCACAGAAGAUCCCUGUUCGAAAAUAUCGAGGCCGGAGCAUAUCCUGAAUUCGAGCUCGGCGUCCAGGUCUUUAACGAAGAUCUCAUCCGUGUACCUGCUUCAGGACCUGACGAUUCUGUCCUCAUCGAUCUCCUUGACCCCACCAAGCUGGUUCCCACCGAACUUGUGCCAAUCAGGCCUCUGGGCAAGAUGGUACUUGACAAGAACCCUGAUAACUUCUUUGCAGAGACAGAGCAAGUAGCCUUCUGUACUGCCCACCGCAUACCAGGAAUCGAUUUCUCUAACGACCCUCUUCUCCAAGGCAGGCUCUUCAGCUAUACCGACACACAAAUUACGCGGCUCGGCGGACCUAAUUUUCACGAGAUCCCCAUCAACAGACCCAAGUGCGCCACCGUGAACAAUUUCCAAAGAGACGGGUUCCACAGGCAGGUUGUGGACAAGGGACAAGCCAACUAUGAGCCGAACUCUCUAGGUGGGCCCCUGAAACAUGAGGCUCCCCAGCUGGACGAACAGAUGUCCACAACUGCACCGGCGGUGACGCCUCCAAUGGUGACCCCUAUGGAAACUGCCCCAAGUGUUCUAACUGGGGAAAUGCCUGCUUUCGUCAAGAACUUGCUCGUCAGGGCAAAGCCUAGGGGCUUCCAGGAUCACUAUUCGCAGCCGCGGCUCUUCUACCAAAGCUUCUCAAUACCUGAAAAGAAACAUCUUGAGUCGGCGUUUACAUUCGAAUUAAGCAAAGUGACACGGCCGUGGAUUGUCCAACGGGCCGUGGACAAAAUGCUGGCGCCCGUGGACCUCGCACUGGCCGAGGCAGUCGCCGCGCAACUUGGUAUCAAAGUAACGCCACCCACCGCCGCGGUCCCGACACUCACCCCGCAAGCCUCACUCAGCCAAAUGUCAUACUUGCCGAAACGGCCGGUUGGCAGAAAAAUCGGCAUCCUCGUCCGAGACGGCUCGCGCGCCUCACAGGUCAAAGACAUCCAAACUUUCGCCUCGAAAAACCAAAUCACGGCACUCACGCUUGGCCCGAAACGCAUAACGUACACAGCCGACGACGACUCCGAGAUUGUGACCGAUGCCAGCGAAGAAGCCCUUCCUUCUUUCAUGUUCGAUGCCGUCUGCAUACCUGCAUGCCAGUCACCGGUCCAGGAUUCAGUGACCCGAAUUUUCAUUAAACAGGCGUUCAAGCACCUGAAACCAAUUGUGAUUCUGCAAGAUCCCACCGAAACUCUUCAAGCGCUAGGAUUGCCCGCCGACGAAGGUAUCCUGAUUGCGCCUGAAUUCAGUGCAGUCAGCGACGCCUUUAUUAAAGCCCUUUGCCAGCACCGCGUGUGGAGCAGACAACCCAAGGCCGAAGAGAUCGACGCCUAG